AUACGUGUUCCAUGUAUUGCACAUGUCAUCCAGCUAAGCCUAAAGGACCUCCUUGGUCAAAUGAGAGCAAGCCCAAAGAAUGAGAUGCCUGAGACAGAGUGGUCUGAUGCUUGUAUCCAGUCUCUUCGUGAGAGACAGCAAAAAAGAGAGAUUGCUGACAUGUUAAACAAGAUCCGGAGCUUGGCUAUCUAUAUCAAUGCUAGUCCUCAGCGUCGGGAGGCCUUCUAUAAUCUUCAAAAGGAAGAGCCAAAGCUUGCCCCUAUCCAGGAUGUCAAAACUCGGUGGAACUCUACUUUUCUCAUGCUCCGACGUGCAAAGCGACUUCAGUUUAUCUUUGAUGAGUUUUGCAAGCAGUACAAC